AUGAUUGCCACCAAAACAAAUGACUUAUUCUUUGAUAAAUCAAGUCAACAAUCGUGUCGUCAAUCAUCUAUCAAUUCAAACAAUUGUAAGGCCCGGACUGGGUCUCAACGCCAACAAGACAUCACAUCUUUAUCCAUGUCAUCCACAUUAGGACACUCUCUAUCAGAAGCCUGUUCAUCUCGGUCAACUCCCAAACCUCGACCACCAUCGCCCACAACGCGGCCAAACAUAACAUUCCAAACAUACGCCUGUCCUGAAGCCUACGCAAAAUGGUAUUGUCUGAACGGUGCGACCUGUUUCUCAGUCAGGAUCGGCGAGUCUAUACUUUACAAUUGCGAAUGUGCCGAUGGAUAUAUGGGACAGAGGUGUGAAUUCAAGGACUUAGACGGAUCUUAUUUGCCUUCUCGUGAGAAAGUAUUGGUUGAGACGGCAAGCAUUGCUGGCGGAGUGACUGUCGCUGUCCUCCUAAUGGUUAUUAUAACCGUAUUUUAUUACACUUAUCUCAGGCACCGGAAGAAAGAGCAACGAUUGACAACAAUUGAGAUAAAUAUGGAUCAAAUCGAGAGAAGGCCUUUCGGUAGAGUUCAUGCACUGAGGAGUGCCUCCAUUAGGAAUAGUAUGUCAUAUAAUUAUGGAGACGAUAAUAGAUUUGCUGACAGCAAUCGAUUACAUGAUCUCGAAAGUGGUGACAAUAUCUAUGUUUUUAAACAAGUUUUAUCACCAGAAAAUGUUGAUCAAAAUCAUGAUCAUUGA